AUCACAAGUCUUCUCAUGUUUACAAUAAAUCGCCGCUUCAAGUGGAAUCUGUUAGCUCAAGGCUCCACAAGCAUACUCAAACUUUGGUGUCCUUUGUCAUGGGUGAGCAGUAACAUUUCUCAUUUCCUUUAAAUGCUCUCCGAGGACUACAAGAGAGAUUCAUCAAACGAGUGGAAAUCAUCUGGGGCUAUCAAUUAGUCUGCUGUACAAAUGAAGUCGGUAGAGGUUCUACCUUGAAGUCAGAUCUCUUUGAUGCAAUAGCGAGCUUUGGAAAAACAAAAUAUUUUCAGGGUCACUUGGACCGCUGUGUUUUUCUUGAGCCUGUGGAGCACUUGGGUAAAAGUCGGCUAGGUUUUAUUUUAAGAUAAUUUGUUGUUUGUUAAGUGGAAAAAUGCAUUUGAAUGGCCAGGGGAGCCAUUCUUUUUCUUCGCUGUUGUUUCAGAAAUGCGGCAUUAGACAUCUACAGAAUUUCUCCGACCCCUCGUGGGAGCCCAGAAAAACCUAUGGUAUUUUUUUCACAGCAGAAAUAGCAAAGAGUGGGUGUUGUGUGUGUGAACAAGGAGUACAGCAAAGAAGAUGAGCUCUGGCUCCUCCUCCUCCUCUCGACUCCUCAGUGUAUGUGAGCUCCUAGGCCUCCAAAGAAAACAGACACGCAAGAAAGGAGGAACAUCUCUUCAGCUCUCCUCACUCCAUUCACAGAGCCUGCGAGAACUGGGACCUCCCAAUUUUCUUUUCUCCCAUUGUGACAUGGACUAUUCCGGUUGAAAACGACAAAGCCGAUUUCAACGAAGAGCCUGGCCGUGACCCAACGUGACUUAGCGAUGACACCUUGACUUUGGAUUUUAGUACAGAACCGAACUCGAACCAGAUCCUCGUCUCUCCGCUGGGCCGCUCAGGUGUUUUGUAAGUACCCGAAAAUGGGUUCCGACGUACGUGACCUCAACACUCUACUCCCUCCCGUGCCCUCACUGCCUGGGGGGAACGGUAACUGCACCCUGCCCGUGAGCAGCACCCCGCAGUGGGCUCCUAUGCUGGACUUUCACACCGGCGCACCCUACAGCUCGCUGGCCCCACACUCCUUCAUCAAGCAGGAGCCCAGCUGGGGCACGGCCGACCCCCAUGAAGACCCUCACUGUGGGCUGAGCGCCUUCACUGUGCACUUCUCUGGACAGUUCACUGGCACUGGGGCCUGCAGGUACGGAGCCUUCGGGGCCCCUACACCCAGCCAGCCCCCAUCCAGCCAGCCCAGGAUGUUCAGCAAUGGCCCUUACCUGUCCAACUGCAUGGACAGCCAGCCCAGCUCCAGAAAUCAGGGUUACGGCACAGUUGCUUUUGAUGGAGCCACAAACUACGGACACACGCCUUCCCACCACACCUCGCAGUUUCCCAACCAUUCCUUCAAACACGAGGACCCCAUCACGCAGCAAAGCAACAUGGGUGACCAGCAGUAUCCUGUCCCUCCUCCAGUAUACGGCUGCCACACUCCUUCUGACAGCUGUACAGGAAGUCAGGCUCUGCUCCUGAGGAACCCAUACAACAGCAGCGAUAAUUUAUAUCAAAUGGCGUCACAGUUGGAGUGCAUGGCGUGGAAUCCUGUCAACCCUUUGGCAUCCACUAUAAAAAGCCACGCAGGAGGGUAUGAGAGUGACCCCAACACACCCAUGGUCUACAGCUGCAGCACGCAGUAUCGCAUCCACACCCACGGUGUCUUCAGAGGCCUUCAGGAUGUGCGGAGAGUACCGGGCAUUACACCCGCCAUUGUGCGUUCAUCUGAGACCAACGAAAAAAGGCCGUUUAUGUGCGCCUACCCGGGCUGUAACAAAAGAUACUUUAAACUUUCUCACUUACAGAUGCACAGCCGUAAACACACAGGGGAGAAACCCUAUCAGUGUGACUUCACAGACUGCGGUCGCAGGUUCUCCAGAUCAGACCAGCUAAAACGACACCAGAGAAGACACACAGGCGUUAAGCCAUUCCAGUGUGAAACCUGUCAGAGAAAGUUCUCACGGUCAGACCACCUUAAGACCCACACCCGGACACAUACAGGUAAAACAAGUGAGAAACCCUUCAACUGCAGAUGGCCAAACUGUCAGAAGAAGUUUGCCAGGUCUGAUGAGCUUGUCCGGCACCACAAUAUGCACCAGAGGAAUCUGACGAAGCUGCAGCUGGCCAUCUGAGUCGCGUCCCUUUGGCAGUGGCUUCUCCUGGGUGCUGGUGCGGCCCCGUCCCAAAGCAUAAACUGCAACUUGUAUAAGGAAAAGCAAUAGUCUGUUUUCCUUUAUAAAAGUUCAGGUCAUGGAGUUGCAAGACAAGACAACACUACUCUUUAUCUGCAUGUGCAGUGCCCCCUAGAGGCAGCUUGCAACGGGCCCUAAUACAAGAUUACAGUCAGUGGCGUCAAUGUACAAGUAUCUGUUUCCAGUGAGGAAACCUUAUGUCUUUUAAUAAGAUUUUGAGAUUUGGGAUGUGAAAUAUUAUGCAUCUAACAAUUAAUUAAGUAGUUUUUAGACUAAUUUAUUAUGUUUGUUGUAAAUUAAAAAAUAACAACAGUUUCGCCUUGUAAAACACAUUCAAACUAUCCGUCCUCAACAUGUUGUAUCUGAAUUGUAUUGUAAAACUCUCUCCAUUGAAGUACUCAUCCAUGCUGUUUGUAAAAAUCCACUCUUUUUGACCUUACCGGUUAAUUUAUGAGUAGGUCACACUGGUUAUGUGGCUGAGCGAUUGUGGUCAAGUUGUAAAUAUUAGUUUCAAUCCUCAGCCAAAACACCAAAAAAAAUAAAAAUCUAGGCAAAAUGGGAAAUGUGACUCACAUAAGUAAUGGAAAGAAAUGUGAAACGUAUUUUGGAUGGAAAUGUUUUUUUGUUUUUUUUAAAUGAGCUUUAUUUGUAUGUUUGUCGUAUAUAUCUGUUAUCGACACAGUCAUUGUUUUUUGUAAAAAAAAAAAAAAUUAAAAUUCAACUCUUGGCAUUAACUUGAUGAAAUGUGAA